AUGGAGAGAGAAGAGGCCAUGGGGGCGAGUGACAAGAAGCAGCAAGGGGAGGACAGAGCGACGGUCAAGGCCUGCAUGCUGAUGGUGGAGGAGGAGCGAGCGGGGAUGAGGGGAGCUGGUAGUGGAGGUCCGGCAACGAUGGUAAGCAUGCUCAGCAAGAGGAUGACAGGCGUGGCUGUGCUGGAGGAGACGCAGAAGCCUGUCAGUCUCUUCCCCGACGCUGAGCAGUCGACAAGUCCGAGAGCUGAAAGAGGAGCAGAGUUCCCUUCCCUGGGUCUCAGAGCUGCCGAUCUUGGUUGCGGCACAGGAUCAUGUGGUGCCGUCUUCAGAUCAGCUUGUCGAGAGAUGAUUGGAUGUGAUAUAUCAAAGGAGAUGUGCAAGGUGGCAGAGGAGAAAAACAUUUACGAUAGGGUGGAAAAGGAGGAGGCAGCUCGGUUCCUUUCCAAGCAGCAGGCAGAAAGCUUCGAUCUUAUUCUCGCUGGAGACGUUUUCCCCUACAUCGCCGACCUCCAGCCCAUCCUCGCCCUUGCUCACAGAUGUAUGCGACAAGGCGGCAGAUUUCUCUUCACUGUCGAGGCUCCUCCUGCUGCCGACGCUGAAGUUUCACGGAGGAAACAAGCAGAACUUGACGCGACAAGGCUGAGCAGGAACGCGCGGUUCAGCCAUGCGGAGGAGCAGGUGAAGAGACUUUGUGGUCUCAGUCAACUUGAGGUGGAGGAGAUCAGCGGCUGCACUCUUGGGAUUCAAGACGGAAAGUUCAUACGAGGACAAGUGUAUCUUGUCAAGAAGCAAGGGAGUCAACCCCUUGAGCCAUCAGCAACCUGAGGUAGAGUAAAGCUGUCUCAGAUACAAGAGUCAAGCUGUCCCAGAUACUUCAGAUACAAGAGUAAAGCUGUCUUAGAUACAAGAGUCAAGCUGUUUUAGAUACUUCAGAUACAAGAAUAAAGCCGCUUUUGAUACAAGACAACACUGAGCAUCUAGACAGACUCAACGACCUGACAGCUCAAAGCAAGCACUCUCUCUCUCCCCCACCCUCCCCCUCUGGCUUCUCUUCUUUUGUACUUCCAAAGUUUGACCUUCUCGUUCUGUUUCUCGCGGUGGUGAACAGCGUGGCUGUGACCAUGCCCCUCGCUGUGUCUGGCAGUGGCUCCGACUUGCCGGGCGACAAGGCUGCCGUCGCCUCCACCUCCCAGGUGUGUGCGGUCACAGCCGGCUUGUGCACUUGUCGCGAGAGAGCCCGGCUACUCCUGAGGGGUGGAGGCGCUUGAGACUCGCCGGCGUCUAAACGAGAUCCCGCAGAAGGAGCCUUGAACUUAGACGAGUUUCGUUGCUCGUAGGAUAUCAUGUCGUCAGACUUGAAGUGCACGAUCCUCCCUCGCUCAUCGGGCAACGCCGUGUCAAAGAUAGCUUGGCUGCUCAUAUGCUUCCCGAUGGCCUUCCCGUGUCGUAUCGCGUCGACUUGUUCGCGGGUGCUGCGUUGGUGACUCCCAGCUCCGAUCGCCAUCUCCUCCAGCUCCUCCCGCUUCAGAUUCCCGUGCCGUCGCCUCGCCUGCUCCACCGUCUCCUUCUGCUUCUGGACCAUCCAGUCCCUCCCGCUCGCCCCGGCUCUCUUGGACGUGACGUAGCCCAGGCUGCCCACCUUGUAUCCCGACGGCUC